CCCCUUCCCGCAGGUUCUGCGAGCCGGUCGGCGAGCUGCUCGAGUCGUGGGAGGGGUACCGCCAGGAGCGGAUCCGAGACUUGCCCGACUCGCCCGUCGACCUCACCUGCUUCUCCGAGCUGGGUCUGCGCGAGGAGAUCCUCGCGGGCCCCGCCGCCCGGGAGGCGCGCAGCCCAAGCCAACGGUGCGGGGGCACAGACGGGGCGCGGGUGCGUUGACAUCGUGUAGGCAUCGAGUGGUCGAUGGCCCUCUCGACCGUAGCAACCUUCUUCGCCUUCAUCGUGCUCGCCAGCAUGCUGCGCAGCCUCGGCACUGGCAGGGCCCUUCCCUCUGAAUCUUCUUGGACCCUUCCUUCCAGGUGCUCGCCAUCAUGCUGCGCAACUUCCGCCAGCUCCACCUCGUCCUCCUCAACAUCGGCGCCGUCGGAGGGACAACGCUGCUGAUCAUGUACCCCAUGGCGUGCUAUGUGAUGGACGUCUGCGUGGGCGCGCCCCCUCUCUUCAUAGGAGUGGGGCUCGCCAUGUCCAUCGACUACUCGCUCUUCCUCCUCACGCGCUUCAACGAGGAGCGCCUCGACGGCCGCUCGAUCACGCAGUCGCUCGAGAUCGCCCUCGCCACUCAGGGCCACACCAUCGUCGUCUCUGGCGCCACCCUCGCCCUCUGCUUCACCUCCAUGUUCGCGCUGCCGACCUCCACAAUCACCUCGAUGGCGGUCAGCGCGGCGAUAGCGGUGCUGCAGUCUGUGCUCGUCUCGCUCUCGCUCACGCCCGCACUGCUGCUCACCAUGCCCCGCUUCUACACCGCCGACCGCAUGCUCGGCCUCACCCUCGACGACACGCCCCUCGGCACCUACCGCCGCGGGGGCUCGUCCAACCGCGCCGGCUCCGUGGCGCUGCUGGACGGGGGCGCGACGAUCGACCAGUCGGUCCUCCGUAGCCCGUCGCAGCCGAAGCAGGAGUCCCUCUGGGCACGCCUCGGCCGCGGCUCGCAACGGCGCGCGCCCGCGAUGGCGGUCCUCCUCCUCGCCGCCGCCGUCCCCUUCUCGGCGGCGCUCACGCGCUUCUCGUACGUCGAAGACCUGACGCCGCUGAUGCAGACGACGCACCCGACCACUAAGGCCUUCCUCAAGAUCCGCGACGUCUACCUGCCAGACCUGCCGCCGCUGCAGCUCCUGAUCGUGGCGCCGUCGCAGAGCGCGAUGGCGAGCCGCGAGUGGUCGCUGGCGACCUGCCACAUGCUGCAGGACCUCGCCACCAAGGAGGGGUACGACUACACCAUGACGGCGGCCGACUUCAGCGGUCUGAUGAUCCUGCGCGGCGGCUGCCUCGCCGAAGGCCUCUAUUUUGGCGUGAUCGACGUGAUGCCCGCCGCGUACUGGUCCGGCUUCUACGACAUGGCUGCCACGAUGCUCCACAACCGCGAGCAGACGGCGACUCGGGUCAUCGUGCGCUGCCAGGUCGACUUCAACUCGUACGCCGGCGAGGCGUGGAUGCGCGCGAUGCGCUCCUCGCUGCCGCGGCCUGAAGACGCAGACUCGAUGGACUUCGUCGCGUACGGCCGCUGGGACGGCGUCGAGAUCGGUUCGCUCCACCUGUAUGGCAAGUCGCUCGAUCAGAUGGACGGCGCGCAGUACACGCUGCGCCGGAUGCCUUACGUCGGCCUGGCCAUCGCCGCGAUCGUCUGCAUCAUCCUGGGCGGGCCAGGAGGAGGAGUUGUGACUUCUCACCAGAGCGGCUCGUUCGGCACGGCGCUCGUCCCCGUCCGCGCCGUGAUUUGCAUCUCGUGGAUGCUCGUCGUCACGAUUGGCGCGUCGGUGAUGGUGUACCAGCUCGGCUACCUCGAGGGACUCGGGAUCCAGGCCCUCGCCCCGUCGGGGGAGAGACAGGCACUCUUCUGGCUCUCGCCCACGAUCACGCUGGCCAUCCUCGUCGGGCUCGGCCUCGACUACGACAUCUUCCUGAUGGACUCGGUCAUGGAGCACUGGCAGGAGGGCAAGGACGCCCGGUCGGCCGUGACCGCCGCGCUCGACCAGGCGGGCACCAUCAUCUCGGCCGCCGGCAUCAUCAUGUUCCUCGCUUUCUCCGCGAUGCUCGCGUCGACGACGCCGAUGCUCAACCAGGUCGGCUUCAUGCUCUGCGUCGGCGUCCUCCUCGACUGCUUCGUGACGACAAAGCCUCGGUCACCAUUCCGACCCUCAUGGCGCUCGUCCCCGACAACGCCAACUUUUGGCCGCUCGAGCAAAAGACGUCGAAGCGGGAACGGGCCUUCGGUGGGCAAACAGUCUUCGUACAACGCCCCCCGCCAUCGAUUCGCCGCUCGCUCUCUUGGUCGCACUAAGUAUUUAGUUGGUCGCUCGCUGUCGCGCGCGGUACCAUGUGGGUAA